AUUAAAGAAAAACAACCAGGAAAUAAUUUUUUUAUAAGUAUUAAACAAAGUUUUUUCUUUUGUUUUUCUUACCAAAAAAAAAAAAAAAUAUAAUAAAAAAGCAUUAAGUGAAAAAAGUGAAAACCAACCAAUUAUUUAACUAACCAGUUGGCAGUUUUAUAUUAAAAAAAAUGUUUAUUUGUUGUUUUUGUAAUUGUUGCUGGUCAAGUUUUAUUUUUGCUAAAAAGCAAAAUAUUGUUGUUACUUCCCUUUAAAAUUUUCAAAAAAAAAAUCUUAUUAAAAAAACAAAGUUCGAAAUUGUUUUAAAAAUUUUGUUAAAAAAAAAUUUCGUAAAUUAUUUGUGGAUUUCUAUUUUUAUUUUGGCAACCAGAGGCAGCCUGCAAAAUGUUUGGGUUUUUAACAAAUAAUUUUAUUAACUAUCAGGAUUGGAAAUUAAUAAAUAAUUUGAACUCAAGGAAAUAAUGUCACAAAAUGCUGCCGAUAGUUUGCCCACGUGGCGUAUAUGGGGUGAGGAAAAGGAUACCGAUAUUAUUUAUACGGUUUAUUUGAAAAAGGUGUGCUAUCACCGACCCACACCCUCAGCAACAACUGCCGACUCCGAAGAUGAUAUUUCCUAUUUGGAAUGGGAAAUGGUGCGUGUACGUUUUGUCAAAGCCGCCACCUUGGAACGACUAGUCGAAGCUUUGGCCACCGAUGACGGAGAACUAGAGUCCACCUUCAUCAAUGUUUUCCUCAAUACCUAUCGCACCUUUUCAACACCCAAAGAGGUUCUGGGGCUUUUUAUCAAACGUUAUAAUACGCUGUGCGAAAAGCAACGUAUUGAGGAUUUGAAAAAUAAAGACAAUGUCGACUACGAUCGUUCCAAUUCCAUACAUGAACAACACAAGAAAACCCUAAUGUCCGUGUGGAAAAUGUGGUUAAGUGGUUUUCCUGAAGAUUGGAAUGAAGAAAAUCUAGAGGCUUUAAUAAAUUUCACCAGCAAAUAUCUGCCCAACUCCGAUCUCCAUUCGAGGGCCUUAAAUCAAUUAGAAAUGAUUUUACGCCAACAGGUGUAUAGUAAAAAACAACAUUUGCCCAGCUGGUUGAAUGAUCAGUUUGCUGAUCUAUACUUGGCUCCUGAGUUUCAUGGGAGAGCUUGUUUUUUGGAAACCUAUCGUUUUCCUCGCAUUGAUGUACGUCAUUUUGCCGAACAAUUGACGCGCAUGGAUUGUGAACUAUUUAAGAAAGUGAUAUCGCAUCAGUGUCUGGGUGCCACUUGGUCGAGAAGAUCACAGGGUUGUUGUGAAACGGUGGUGGCCACUGUGACACAAUUUAAUGAAGUUUUGUACAGAGUGAUAACGAGUAUUUUGAUUGAAAGAGCUUUGGAACCACAAGAUCGUGCUGUAUAUAUUUGUGUUUGGAUUGAUAUAGCUCAAGAAUUGAGAUUAUUGAAAAAUUUCUCCUCCCUUAAGGCGAUUAUAACGGGUCUGAAUUCUUCAGCUAUAUAUAGACUAAGUAAAAUCUGGUCGGUUUUACCGAAAGAAAAGCUGGAAAUCUUUCACGAACUGGCCCGCAUUUGUUCGGAGGACAAUAAUGCUUCAGUACAAAGAGAACUGCUAAUAAGAGAGGGUACUGCUAAGUUUGCCGAAACAGUGGGUGAAAAUGAUCGUCAUAUGCAAAAGAUUAUACAGAAACAGAGUACCCAAACCUCCCAUGGAACUAUACCUUAUCUGGGAACUUUCCUAACCGAUUUAACUAUGAUACAUCAAGCCAAUCCCGAUACUGUGGGCGAUGAUAAAUUGAUAAAUUUCGAAAAGAAACGCAAAGAAUUUGAGGUUUUGGCCAAGAUUAAACUUUUACAGGGAGCAGCUAAUACCUAUAAUUUAGAUGAGGAUCCUUUAUUUAAUAGAUGGUUCUAUUCCAUGCCUGUGUUAACCGAAGAAGAAGCUCAUACUUUAUCGUACCAACUAGAGCCGCCACCACCUACGGCUCCGCGUAAAAGUACCACCUCCUCUAAUAUGUCAUCGGCUAACUCCUCGAUAUUGGGUCACAGAAAAACCGAUUCUAUAGCCUCGAACUCGAGCAGUGGGGCGGGCUCACAAUUCUAUUGUGAAAUUAGUUCCCAUAAUAGUUCAAGGCAUAAUUCUUUGGAUCGAGAGGCUCAACACAAUCAUAUGUCAGCUACCAGCAGUGUAUCGAAUUUAUCGCUGGACUCUAGUAACUCGGGUGGCGGCAUAAACAAAUCGAAAAUGAUACAUUCUCAUUCUACGAAUGGUCUACUGCGCAGUCAACAUGGUUCCAGCACUAGUGGUUCACAUACACCCACCCAUAUAGGUUCGCCUCUGAUUAAUGCUCAAGUGGUUAAUUCCCCCGGGGCCAAUGCCGAUUUCUAUAUAGUCAAAAUUACUUUGGAGACGGAAACAAUGCCUCAGGAUGGCAUUGUGGUCUACAAAAGUAUGAUGGUCAAGAAUAAUGAACGCACACCACAAGUGAUACGUAAUGCCCUCAUGAAACUGGGCAUAGAAGAUGAUCCCGAUAAUUAUAUUUUAGCUCAAAGGCUGCCCGAUAAAGAUGUGGACUUGCCGCGUAAUGCCAAUGUCUUUUAUGCGGUGGUGGUGAAUAAGAAUUUCGAAUUACGUUUCAUAUUGAAACCCAAUGUGGAACGUUUAAAUGGUGUCAUCAACAAUGGCAGUGGUAGUCGUAGUAGUCGUGGCAGCAAUAGCUAAUGGUUAACCAAGACCCUGUAAAUUAGGGUCCUUAGGAAACAUAUAUAUAUUCUUUAUUUUGUGAAAUUGUUAAGAAGUUUUUUUCUUUUUAACAAACGCAGUGCGUACAAAAAUAUAAACUAACGAGGGGUGCUUCUGAAGUAAUGGAAAUGAAAAAUAAUAUGGAACACUUUUAACACACAAACACACUCACAGGAUAAUAACUUUCAAGUAAAAAAAGGAAAAUUUUGAAAGUUUUG